ACGCGUGAUUCGCCUGGUUGAUUGACCAGCUGCGCCUGCCGCCGGUCAGCAAGUCACAAUUCACGCAGGGAAGUCGCAGAAAGCCUCCACUUCCCUCUUGCGAUCCCCAAAAAUACUUUUUACACGUACAGAUCUGCGCGUUUGUUCCCCAUUCCUCUCCCUCGACGACUAUUUGGCCUUUAUCGCGAAACCGGGGUCCUAGUAGCGGGGUUCCAGUCGGCGGGGGCGUGACAACGACGAUCACAUCACCUGCCUUUCUUCGGCGUUCGCAAGUCCUCCGUGACUUAUUCCCAGGCUUACUUCCAGCUUGAGAAGUAGUGUGUGCUCUUGUACCCACGACGCACUCGUCGAAUUCUGGAAGCAUGCGACCGCUUCCCGGUAGCAGCGAUGCGCUGCCUGCGCCUGUCAAGCCUCGGUCCCGCAAGUCGAGCAUGGAUCACGCCGCGACGCUGUCAAACAACGGCCCCACCACGUUCUUCAUGAGGAGCGAGCAUGACAUGGAACAGUCACUGUCUGCAUCACAGAGUACACAGUCGAUAAGAAGGCCGCAAGAAGGCACUUAUGGAGUGCAGAGCUUAGCUGAUACUUUGGAAGCUGCAUUUGGCGCUGAGAGCACCACAGUUAGCAAGAAGGCGGAUAAGCAGAACAACGCAGGCAGCCAUGGCAGACACCUUGCGAGAUCAGAAUCGCAUAGCCCAUCUGCGGACUCUGCGAAGUCGCCAGAGAGUCCUGCUGCCUCGCCACUGCGCAAGCUGAAGAGGAAGCUUUCCAACCGCACCACGUCUACGCCUCUGACGCCCCUAUACGUCGAAGCACCGUCCCCGCUGCCCACCUCAGCUCUGCCAAGCACACCAACGUCCGUGUCGCUACAUUCGCUGAGGCUGUCAGAUGAGGGCUCUGUGGUUGAUGAGACUGGGAGUCAGGUCAUCACGUCGAGUGGAGAGGAGGAAGAUGAUGUCGAGACGCAGCAGGGCACAUCGAUGAGCUUUCCACAGUUGGUGAUGCCGAGCAUACAGAUGCCAACGAGAAGACCGUUCACAAAUAAGGGCAAGAACAUGGGCAAGCUAAAGGUUCUGGUUGCUGGACAAGCGGGUAUCGGCAAGACCUCACUCAUUCGCUCGAUCGUGCAAAGCUGCGAUGACAUCGUACAUGUAGACUCCCUCUCGCCCUCACAGUCGCUCUUGCAGCCGCCUCCCCGAAGACCGAAGUCUCGUAGACGGCAAACAGACCAGGGGGCUACGUUGCGCGUGACAGAGAUCCAUGCCAGCACUAGACCGUAUCCACACUGGUGGACUGAUGUUGAAGAGACUAGGGUUUUGCGGAGAAGAAAGAGUAGCACUGACACAAUCUUGGAAAGAAACAUUUGCUUCGUGGACACGCCGGGCUACGUUGAAGGGAGCUUAGAGCAUGACGACAUGAACCUCGUGGUUGAGUACCUGGAGUCACUGCUGCACCAGACAGCUUCUGUGACCAACAUGGAAGAUGGGGAGAUAGUCGGCGUUAUCAGUGGCAGUGGAGGAAUCUUGGUGGAUGUUGUCCUUUAUAUGUUGCCGCCGAACAAGGAGAUAACCAAGGACGUCGAAUUCAUGCAGCGGCUAUCUGCGUUCACCAACGUCGUACCCGUCAUCGCAAAGUCGGAGACGCUGACCGCCCAGGAACUAAUCUCACUGAAGGCGUCUGUACUUGCUCGCCUCCAGGCUACAGCUGUCAAACCAUUCCUCUUUGGAAAGCCUUUAGACGACGCAUUGCUUGCAGUCCAAGGCCUGGACAUCGUCUAUUCAAUGGCUACGCCAACAACCGCGAUCCACGUAGAUCAGUCGAAGGGGCCCAAUCAGUUCCCCUUCCCUACACCAACGCAUCCGUACGCAGUAUCAUCGCUUCACGGAUCAGAUGCCGAUAUCAUGGACGCAUCUCUACUGAUGUCUCCAGACUACGUUCAACCUCUCAUGCCGUCUGAACUUUCCAAUAUGAUCGAGCAAGUCUUUGACCCUGAUGCUAUUGCCUGGUUGAGGCACACAACGGCGAAGAAGUUCCUAUCCUGGAGAAGAAAGACAAAUCUACCGGGCGAUUCAUUUAUUAUACACGGCCUCCAGCAACCAAGUAGCCCCACCACAGCAUCAGUAGGACUAGCUGGCACUAUGCUGAAUCCAUCAACAACGUCCUCUGUCUUCUCUGCCAUCUCCCCAUCCGGUGUCCUCGUCCCUCGCUCCACCUCCCCCUUCUACUCGAACCUCCAAUCGCCCCUCCUGUCCUCUGUCGCCGGCUCCCCCACCGACCCCACCACCUUCUCUCUCACCCAUUACAUCAACUCCAACCCACAGGCAAGCGACAUCCGCGUCGCUAAGUGGGCCACAGAUCUGCACAGGAGUUUGAGAAACGAACGCGAUCGAUUCGAAAAUUUGCAAAGGAACGAGAGGGCUAAAUGGUUACUUGAGAGAGUCGGUGAAGAGGUCCAGAAUGGGACAAUUGUGACGAGUGACGGGCCCAGGGCGGAGUGGGCCAUCGUUCGACAUGGCAGUGAUGAGAAGCUGGUCAGUGGCCAGAGGUACGAUGUUACGGGAUUAGACUCGAAAGAUCCCCUUGGCUUGUGUGGCAUUAGCGAUGAGCUGAAGAAACGGGGGUUCGUGCUGUGUCAGGCUGUAGGUGGUAUGAGUCUGCUUGGUGCGGUUGGUCUGGCCAUCGUCAGGGUUGCGGGUUGGGAAACGCCUGAGGGCGGGGUUUGGGGAUGGUUGGUUGGGGGUGUGGAGUGAGAACUGAUCAUGUCUGUGACAAGGGGAUGCAUACUUUAGAGAUACCCGUUCGUUGUGUAGAUAAGCAGCACUUACUCGACUCUUGGUACCUCG